AAAUUACUCGCCGACCUUUUUCCGGUGCUCUCGUAAGGCUGAGGUCGACAUUUUUGUGGUUCGACGAAAAUCUAAAUAAUCCUACAAAAUGAGGAUCUAUAAGGACAUCUUCACCGGUGAUGAAAUGUUCUCAGACAGUUAUAAGAUGAAACUAGUAGAUGAAGUCUUGUAUGAGGUUUAUGGAAAACUAGUCCAGCGUAAACAUGGAGAUAUCCUAUUAGAAGGAUCUAAUCCCUCGGCAGAAGAAGCUGAUGAGGGCACCGAUGCUGCCGUUGAAUCAGGCGUUGAUAUAGUUUUAAAUCACAGAUUGUGUGAAACCUACGCCUUUGGCGACAAGAAGUCUUACACCGCUUACCUUAAGGACUACAUGAAGAAAUUAGUAGCAAAAUUGGAAGAGAAAUCUCCGGACCAAGUAAACAUCUUCAAAACGAAUAUGAAUAAAGUAAUGAAAGACAUUCUGGGUAGGUUUAAGGAGUUGCAAUUUUUCACCGGCGAGUCCAUGGACAUCGACGGCAUGGUCGGACUGAUGGAAUAUAGGGAUAUCGAUGGGGAAUCCGUUCCCGUGAUGAUGUUUUUCAAACACGGCCUUGACGAGGAAAAGUUUUAGUGUAAUUUUAAAUUAUUGCCUAUUUUUGUUAUUUAAUUUAUACUCCAUAACUAUUUUUAUUAAGAUGAGAUUCCUCAAGUGAUCGCGCAUAGGUUUUUAAAUUUUACAAAAUUAUAUUGUUCCAACUUUUUUUUUUCAGCCUGUACAGUUCUAGCUAUUGAAUGAAGAAUGUUUAUAUAUCUGUGAAAUUAAAACUAAUUUUCCUAUAA